AGGGCGCCGCGAUGCAUGGUGGGAAGCGUGUCUCUUCCCGCCUCUCCCCAGCCUUUCGGGGCGGAGUCAGACCCGCGCGGGCGGCCGUUGGCCGGGCUGCGCAUUCCCGCGCCUGCCGAGGGGAGGCUGGCGCGCGCUGCCCCUUACCGGCCGUCGCGUGCUUUAAUCCCAGGAGGAGGAAGAGAAGAGUUUGAAAAUGGGCCCUCAAAGCUAAAAGCUUAUAUGGAUAAAACUGUGCCUACUAAACAAUGGCAUCCUAUAUUAAAAACUGCAUGGCAAAUGUGCAGCUGCUCAAUGACAGUGACCACUAAUAAGAGCAGUCUUCUCAACGAAGAUAUACGCUACCCUCCCCAGCCUGUACCCGCCAGUGGAACACUGCUCCCCUGGGGGAAGGAUUCCUUGGUCACCCUCCAGCUCCAGUUUGGCUCAGUCCCUCCACACCUGGCUAAACUCAGCAUAGAGACAAACUUAUCCAGCCUCUUGGGACCUGUGUGGAGGGGAGCGUGCUCCUAUAUAACUGAAGAUCAGAGAUUAAGAUCAGAGGGCCUGUCUCUCCUCUCAGCAAGUUUUGAUACAGGUCUGAAGCCUACUGGGAAAAGAAGAAGAAAAUUCCGAGCAAGACUGGCCAAGAAGAAAGUUCUGACUUCCAGCCAUUGUUCUCCUCUAACUUGAUUUCAUUUAUAAUUGAAUCCCAAGUGAAAAAGGUGUCUGACUGAUCCACUUUGACUUGCUUUGAAAGGUUAUUGACAGGUUGUUAAAAUGUACAAUUUCCCCACUUCUGGAGAGUAUCUGGAGCAGCCAUUGCCUUGUCCAUCAUCUUUCUCUCAUAAGGACUUUCACCAGCUAGUGACACAAACAUGGGAAUCCUAUUUAUUAUUUGCUUGAGACAAUGCCCGCAACAUACCUGGUACUUUCCAGAUCCCAAGGAACACCCCUCACCCUAAGGAGCCCAAAAUCUAAGGACAGAGACAAGCAGGCAGAAAUCAGGGCAAGGGAACAAUAAAAGGUAUUUUAUAUACAGACCAACAAGAUUCAGUAUAGGCAGCACAGCAGAAGUGAG